UUCGAGGGUAUAAAAAUGUUUGUGGUUUGCACGCACGCUGCAAAAAGGCACGAAAAUUAAAUCCGUUUUCUAAUAAUUAUGGCAUUUCCGCGAACAUUUAUACCCUCGAAAUAUACUCCCUAUACGGUAUAGGAACAGGAAAGGAAGUGCCUGCGAAGGCACUUCCUUACAUUGAGGGUAGUCUAGUUGCUGAUGUAUAAUUAUUAUGAUGAUGUCUGUUACUGUUAAUAGUUUUACAUUAUGCCUCGGUGCGCAUGCGCAAGCGAGGUAUACGGUAGUGUGUGUGUGUGUGUGUAGACUGUUUCAGCUGCUCAAGGAUCAAUGAAGCGCAAGUAAGAGAUUCUAUAGGCUUCUAGUCAUGUUUUCUUGGCUUGGUAUUUGUGGAUUUGCAAAAUAAAGCUUCGUUCUCGAGUUAUGCCUACUUGGAAUGCCAUUGCAGCCUUUUCAGAAGAGUCCAUAGCAAAACUUGUUUACCGAGUGUUGCUACUCUACUUAGUAGUUAACUCUGCACUAGAACGCUAGCUAUUGGUACCUGCAAGAGUGAGAAGAGAGCUGCAAGGCUCUGCUGACUUAAUUUUAGACUUGAACUUUUGGCAUCGAUCAUUACCCACUCUUUGAGUUUCCCUGUGAUUAUGGAUUGUGCAUGCAGCAAAUGAUAAUUAUAAUCAAUGUGUGUAUAAAAGCUAGCUAUCAGUAGCUUUAUGUUAUGUAGCUUUGGCACCUCCACCGAGGCAUCAGCACCCACGGUGUUUUCAUUGAAGAAUUUUUUCGGCUUUACAAGCUGUCUUUUUAGCUAGUGACUUCAGCGCUGCCCUGCGGUCAUGUAUUGGAUUUGCUUGUGUACCCUGAUCUGUCUAAAGAAAGCGGGGGGGGGGUCCCUUGCCUUUACUUAGCAAGCACCCUCACUGGUACUGGAAGAAAAGACAUGCACCCCCUUAUACAACUUAUAAGCAGCCAUGCAAGCACCCUCAAUGUAUGAAUGGCGCUCCAUUUGUUUCAUUAUUCAAUAGUGAAAAAUAUUGUCAAUGGCGAAAUAUGUUGACAAUGAUGUAAUGUGAUUGUCAAUACUUGGGUUACCUAUUGUCAAUGAUUAUCCGAUUCAUUGUCAAUAACUAUCGUCAUGUUUGUCAAUAAUUGGGUGCCUAUUGUCAAUAAUUAUCCGAUUCAUUGUCAAUAAACUAUCGUGAUGUUGUCAAUAAUUGGGUUGCCUGUGUUGUCAAUGAUUAUCUGAUUCAUUGUCAAUAAUAUCGUCAUAUUUGUCAAUAAUUGUUGGAAUUAUUGUCAAUAAUUAUCAUUAUUAUUGUCAAUGAUUGCUCAAUUUUAUUGUCAAUAAUUAUCAUCAUUAUUGUCAAUGAUUGCUCAAUUUUAUUGUCAAUAAUAUUAUCAUCAUUUAUUGUCAAUGAUUGUUCAAAGUAUUGCCAAUAAUUAUUCACCCGUUUUUAUUCGAUGUCCCUGCUCCAUUCCGGAAUGGGUCACCAUAUUUUACUGCGCAUGCGCAUAAACUACCAGCGCCACAUGGCAGGAGUUGACUCACUGUACACGUACACAAAAAGACCAGAGAUUGAAGACUUACUGCAAUUAAAGACUUACUGCAAUUAACUCACGACCUCCCCAGAACACGUACUGCAGGAAGCUUUAGCAAGGGUCUUGAAGUCGAAUGGCAGCCAACGAGCAGGAAGCUCAGAUGGUGGGCAUCCUUAGGGGUGUAGGUGUUGCUCAAGCUGUUAUUGACAAGUUUUGUGGAGGAGAAGGUGGAUGUGGCCACUGUGGGUCUUCUCAAUAAUUCCCAACUCCGUGAACUUGGACUCGUGUCUAUGGGAGAAAUAGCUACAAUUCGAGCAAAAACAACCGGCUUGUACAAAGGGCGUGGUCGACCACCUAUACAUAUAAGCCUCGAGCAGGUGGAACUCAUGCGAGAAGCAAAGUUCACAUGGAAAGAAAUUAGUGGUGCACUUCUAAUCAGCCGAUCAACCCUCUGGCGCCGAUUAAAGCAGAAUGGAUACUCAUUCAGAAAUUACUCUGAUAUAAGUGACCAAGAAUUAGAAGAUAUGCUAACAAAUUUGAUUCAACAGUUCCCAAACACUGGGUUGCCAAUAAUGAGUGGACACUUGCUAUCUUUAGGAAUACACAUUCAACGAAGAAGGAUAACGGAUAUGUUACAGUAUAUUGACCCAGUUGGGCGAUCGCAACGGUGGCAUUCCGUUGUACGAAGAAGGACAUACAGUGUUCCUGGACCAAACAGCCUCUGGCAUAUUGAUGGUCACCAUAGUCUUAUUCGUUGGAGGAUUGUAAUCCACGGUGGUAUAGAUGGUUACUCACGCCUAAUCGUGUUUUUACAUGCCUCAACUAAUAAUAGGGCUGAAACAGUAUUCAAUUUGUUUUGGAGAGCUACUCAAGGGUUUGGAGUCCCUUCUCGUGUCCGGUCAGACAAAGGUGGUGAGAAUGUUGAUGUAUGCUACUUUAUGAUCAUGCACAGGGGAGAAGGUCGAGGAAGCCAUAUUGCAGGUGCAUCAGUGCAUAACCAGCACAUUGAGCGCCUUUGGCGAGAUGUCUACCGCUGUGUUUGUUCAUUGUAUCAUUCUUUAUUUCAUUUUAUGGAGACUACUGGCAUUCUAGACCCAUGCAAUGACCAAGACAUGUUCGUACUACAGUCCGUUUUCCUACCAAGAAUUAACCUAGCUUUGCAUGAGUUUGCACUUGCAUGGAAUUUACACCCUGUACAUAAUUGGAGUCCAAAGAAGAUGUUCUUGGAUGGAGUAUUGGAUGAAUCAAGUGCAUCAGGCAUACGAGACGUGGUGGAUGAUGUGCCAUUGGAUUCGUUAAACUAUUUGUUUGGAGUCGACUAUUUCAAUGAAAGUAACCCCACAUCAACAUCGGAAUGUGAUAGAGUUUUAGUUACACCUACCCUAUCGCCCUUGUCACCGGAAAUUACUGAAGAAUUUUUGGACUCAUUCGACCCACUACAAGAGUGUGAUGACUAUGGAAUUACAGUGUAUACUAGUGCAAAAGAAACAUUGGCAACACUCAUAGAAUAGUUCUAAGUCACUAUUUCCCGAAUUUUUUGUGUGUGCAUAUAAUUAAUUAUACAAUGAAGUGAUCAGAGGCAGUAGCCUCAUGGAAUUUAA